AUGGCCAUUACAGAACUCCUCCUUCCAACAUUCAAAACAGACCCUGAGACACAGUCUCUGCUACAGAUUCAAGUGGCAUCGCUAUUUUCCCCUUUCCGUGGCAUGCCCGGUUUCAGGUCUUUCUUUCGCGGGAGGAUUUUAGCUGAGGCGGGCGAGCCUGUUGACGAGAGCGGCGGGCGCGGUAUCCUUGUUAUAGAGUGGGAUGAGCUGCCUUCUUUUCAUGCGUUCUACCCCAAUUCCCGCACAUUCCAAGAAUUCCUGGCCGUCGCAAGACAGUUUGUCAAAGCCCCAGAAUACCCCGGAAUUAUUUGA